AUGGCAAUGGCAACUCUUCUUCCGGAAGAGAUUCAGGUAGAUAUUCAUCUAAGAUUACCUUUGAAGUCCAUUGGAAUUUGUAGGUGUGUAUGUAAGCUAUGGUGUUCUCUUCUUUGUGACCCUAGUUUUGUUAAAACUCGUCUUAAUCAGACAGUUCAUACCAACAAGAAUCACAGACUCAUUAUCAGUCACUCCAAGUACUGUUCAGAUAUUAACCCUACAAUUUACUCAAUAGAUUAUGCUUCAAUAUCAGCAUCAUCAUUAUCAUUAUCGUUGUCAUUAGAGUUAAUACCAUCAUCAUUCAAAUGUAUUGCUAGUGGUACAAUUGGUAAAGAUGAUGAUAAUAGUAUUUGUAUUUGGAAUCCGAUGACCGGUGAAUAUAAGAAAAUUGAGUCUGGAUGUGAUUUUAUGGUUGAGUAUGAUGGGUAUAACUUUAGAUAUGGAUUUGGUAAUGAUAACUUAAUCGGCGAUUAUAAGGUGGUGAGAAUUGGAAAAUAUCUUGGUCUUUUUGAUGGGAAAGUUUAUACACUAGCGUCGAAUUCUUGGAGAAGGGUUGGAAGUGGAAAACAUUACGAGUUUUCUCGUGAAAGAAGAUAUCCUGGUGUGCUUCUCAACGGAGCGCUUCACUGGUUAGGCUGUGUGACCACUGGGAAAGAAGGCUCCUCUGAAGUUAUAGUUGCUUUUGAUGUUAGCAGUGAGAGAUCAAUACAUCUGCCUUUUCCUGAUGGAAUUAUUGCACCUCCACCAGAAUUGGGCGAUGAUGACGAUCUGAAUAAAGAUGUGGGUGGUUUGGGAGACUGUCUUUGUUUAUCUGUUGUGAGAUUUGUUUGGAUCGAUGUUUGGGUGAUGCAGGAAUAUGGAGUGCAAGAAUCUUGGAUUAAGCAAUUUACAUUUGAAUAUGGAGCUUGGAAUAUUCCACUAUCAAGUUCAAGAUAUUCAUUUUGUAAACCGAUUUGGUCUUUUGAAAAUUGUGAAAUUCUAUUAGAUACCUCCGAGGGUUUGCUUUUUUGCUUUUGUAUGAUACGAAAACUGGAAGAGUUAGAAGAGUGA